GUAAUCUCACAUUUUAAGGACUUUCCUGCCCCCCGAAGAGGAGACAUUUCAGGGGAACACAGGAUGUAGGAGGGGAGCCUCCAGGGCGUCUCCAUGGGCGGUGUGCCAGCCCAUCCCCUGCUGAGAAGACCAUGACACCUGCCAGUCCCUUGGCUGUUUCCACGUUCUCCAGCGAGACCCCUUCCACGUCACUCUGUGCCACGGGAAAAAACCUGAAGGACGCGCAGGAAGGCUCCCGAGCAUGCGGCUAUCCCGUGGUCCCGGCGGCACCGACAGAGCAUGACAGCUGGCGAUCCCUUCCUUCCCUUCUUUCGGAGCCGAGCCAAAGAACGCCCUCCCUCGUCCUGUAGCGCCCGGGUGCCCGCUCGUUUUUAUAUCUGUCACCGGUGCCUUCCUUCAGGUUUCCCAGCUGGACGCUCCCUCCGGACUCCUCGCCCAUGGCUCGGAGGGCCCGCCGUCCACGGGCACUACCAUGAGGCACUGCGCUGACUGCUGCAUACAGCUGUCCCCCGACGACACACCGAGGGCCGGCUGCCGGGGAGGCGCGCCCCGCGGUCGCCAGGAGUGCCCCGCGCGCGCCGGGGAGAGCAGAAUCGUGCUGCGUGUGGACGGUAAGCAGAUGAACUUGCUCGCGGUCCUCGAAGUGAGGGCCGAAGGCGGCGAGAGCUGGGCCGGCUUUUCGCGCUUCAGGAAGGGGAGGCGAUGCAGCCUCGUGUUCGGACUCAUCAUAAUGACCCUGGUGAUGGCCUCCUACAUCCUGUCGGGGGCCCACCAAGAGCUGCUGAUCUCAUCGCCCUUCCACUACGGAGCCUUCCCCGGCGGUCCCAGCUCGGCGGACGGCGAAAACCCGAGUGACGCCAAAGAGCACCAUCACCAGCCCUCUGCAAGUAAUAUUUCAUACAUGAAGGACUACCCAAGCGUUAAAUUAAUUAUCAGCAGCAUCACAGCCCGGAUAGAGUUCACGCCCAGGCAGCUCCCCGACACAGAGGACCUCAAAAGGCAGGAGCCCCACAUGUUUGCGGUCAUCCCCAGGAAAUUCCUCCCCAACAGCAGGAGCCCGUGCUGGUACGAGGAGUUCCCGGGGCGCAACACCACCGACCCCUACCUGACCAACUCCUACGCGCUGUACUCCAAGCGCUUCCGCGCCACCUUCGACGCGCUGCGCAAGGCGUUCUGGGGCCACCUGUCGCACGCGGGCGGGCGACACUUUCGCCUGCGCUGCCUGCCGCGCUUCUACAUCAUCGGGCAGCCCAAGUGCGGCACCACCGACCUGUACGACCGCCUGCGGCUGCACCCCGAGGUGAAGUUCUCCGCCAUCAAGGAGCCGCACUGGUGGACGAGGAAGCGGUUUGGAAUCGUUCGCCUGAGAGACGGGCUGCGGGACCGCUACCCCGUGGAAGAUUACCUGGACCUCUUUGACCUGGCCGCGCACCAGAUCCACCAGGGGCUGCAGGCCAGCUCUGCACGGGAGCUCGGCCAGAUGAGCAGGAUCGUCAUCGGGGAGGCCAGUGCCUCCACCAUGUGGGAUAAUAACGCCUGGACCUUCUUCUACGACAACAGCUCGGACGGCGAGCCGCCCUUUCUAACCCAGGACUUCCUCCACGCCUUCCAGCCGGAGGCGAAGCUGAUCGUCAUGCUCAGGGACCCGGUGGAGAGGUUGUACUCGGACUAUCUCUACUUUGCGAGUUCGAAUAAAUCCGCUGACGACUUCCACGAGAAGGUGACGGAGGCCCUGCAGCUGUUCGAAAGCUGCCUGCUCGACUACUCGCUGCGUGCCUGCGUCUACAACAACAGCCUCAACAACGCCAUGCCGGUGAGGCUGCAGGUCGGGCUGUACGCUGUGUAUCUUCUGGACUGGCUCACGGUUUUCAAGAAAGAGCAGUUCCUUGUCCUUCGGCUGGAAGACCAUGCAUCCAAUGUGAAGGACACCAUGCACCGGGUCUUCCAGUUCCUCAGCCUCGGGCCCCUGAGCGAGAAACAAGAGGCCUUGAUGACAAAGAGCCCGGCGUCCAACGCUCGGCGCCCCGAGGACCGGAGCCUGGGGCCCAUGUGGCCGGUGACUCAGAGGAUCCUGCGGGACUUCUACGGGCCCUUCAACGCCAGGCUGGCGCAGGUCCUCGGCGACGAGGCCUUCUCCUGGAAGAAGACGUGAGGCUGGCUCCCUCCACUGCCCAGGGCCUGUGGGUUCACUGUCACCGUGACUUAAAAAUCUCUCUCUUCAGGGAACAUCGAACUCAGAGUGUGGAGAGAACCCCGAGACUUGAGGCUUCCUUCCCUCCCAGGCACGUGUCUACUGUAACCAUCCAGGAUGUCCUUUGUGACAUCAAAUAGCCUGGCAGUGGACCCUUGGCGACGCUCCCCCACCUGAGGCCACCUGAGACCCCACUUCUGGAUAGACUGCCUCCUGCUCUGGGACUGUGGCCGGUGCUCCUGGGAUGAGGCCGGCGGGCGCUGUCCUGGGAGCUGGAAGGGGAGCCUCGGGCCUGGGGUCUGGCUGAGCAGCCUGGAGGUCACGCCGUGGGGCUGCCAGAACCCGCAGGCCACGUUCAGUUCCGAAACAUUCUGGAUCCCUGACGCACCUGGCGGAGGCGGGAGCUCUUCCGUUUUUUGUCUCCUUUUACUCCAAAGUCUGCCCUUCAGCCUCUUCAGAUACAAACCCUCCUGUCUGCCGGGCCUCCUCCCACGUCCUCAUGGACUUAAAUUUAACAGGGAGUUAAACAGAGCGUUUCACCCGGAGCCCUCUUCCGCCUCCUUAGAAGUCGGCUCAAGAGCUUGUUUUGUUUAUAAUUGCAAUAGAAAUUCAGUUUGUAAAGGAGGGGAAGCUGUGGCUGAUCAUGCGGGACUGAGCAGCUUCUAGGAACUGCACACGUCAUGGGAGUCUAGGAGCUGGACCCCGUCCUGUGUCCUGCACACGAGGCCCUUGGAACGGGGGGAUUGGAAGUUUAGUUCUGGCCACUGUGGGCUCCAUGGCUCCACCAUCCCCAGGAGUGAGCUCAUGACCCACCUGCUCUGCCAGGUGUGGCCAGAGGCCCUGGCUCAGCUCACAGACAAGACGCUCCUGUCCUGCUUCAGAAACACAUGGGAGCCAAACUUUCCGAGCAUGAUUCGCUGGGAUUCCUAAGAGAACUUUCUGGGCCACCCGGCAGCUUGCCUUGCCCAUGGAUGGGCUGAGGGCCUUGUCAUUUCCUGGAGGUGAUGGGGAAGGAUUGAGGGGGGCCCUGGAGCCGCUCGGCACACAGCCCCCAGUGGACCCAGUGAACUUCUCACUUGAGCACCCUCAAGGGAAGCUUCAUGCGACCAGAGCUCUCUCGCAAGGUCCUGGACACCAAGUUGGAAACUGUCAGCACCCCCCACCCAGCCGUCACUCGUGGCGUGAGGAUCUGCACAGCUUCCAGCCGCAGCGCCGUGUCUCCCUGCCCGGAGGUGGGGUGCACUGCCUGGCUGAGGGGCUGUGUGUCCUGAACACCUACCUUCAGGGACAGUUCCCCACCCUUCCUCCCUCCGCAGGUGCCCCGAGCAGCAGCUAGCGGGAGACCUGGCUGAGCACAGGGGUGCUCGGGGACAUCCGUGUGUGUGUGUGUUUGCAGCACAGGUGUGUGCGUGCGCCUGUGGGUGCAUUUUCUGAGUGGGUUUCCCUCGGCUCAGGGGCUGACUCGGCUCUUUGCUCUGGACACAGCCCUGCCUGGGACUCUCGUCUCUGCCAGUGAACUUGUCGUUUUCAGGAUGCAUUUUGCUCUCCCUGCCCCCCGUAGCCAUGGGGCUUGUCUCACGCACUUCUACGCAUGUGAGUAACAUGCAGCCCAAUCUGCUUCUCACAGAAGUAUCAGGACAUAUUAUUCCCAAUAUUAUUUGGUUUAUUACACAGGUCUUUUUACACACACAGGCCCACCGUUCUGUACCCACCAGUGCCACGCAGACACGGCUCCUGUCCGGGGGCCUUUCUCCCAAGGGCACCACCUUUGCUGUCUCCGCUUCGAGGCCCGUUCUUGUGGAUGGCACAGGUGCUGUCUCUGGUGGUGGCCCUGGAGCCCGUCACCCAAACCAAAGCGAAACGGCGCAUCCCUUGCGACCUGGUGUGGAAGUGACUGCUCUGCGAGGCCGCGUGUGGGGCUGUAUGCGUUGAGCUGUCGAGCGAACCAGUUACACUGUUACUUUCACCGCUAUUUACCCGAAUUAAAUGUGGGCCCAUGACGGGGACCCGGGA